GAGUGAGUGAGCGACAGACAGACGGGAGGCCCCGGCACCCAAACAGCAACGCCGCGCCCCGCCACCAAAUGCGGACGGGACAGACCCUCCUGGUGUGUCACUUUGGUUCGGUCUUCCAUUUCCAUUGAUUGAUUCUCUCUCCUCAAGUCACAAGUCACAACCUUUGGAGUGACUCUCCGUCCUUUUCUCUUCCAUUGCUCGAGUCGUUCCAUCCCACACCUCUACUUACUUACUCUACCUUACCUUACCUCAUCCGACGGUGUGUCUCUGCAUGGCGCCUGCUGCUCUGCUCUGCGCUGCGUGCACACCCUACCCGCCGUGCCGCCCACAAUCAAAUUGACUUCUCCCACUCUAUCUCAGGUUACCUUACCUUGCUGCGGUCCCGAACCUGAAUAACCUGAUCGGCACCUCGUCAUUCGACUUUCUUUCUCCUGUUGCUUCCCGACCACCGAAAUACCAGUCCCAUUUCCUCUCGUCUCUUGACCCGACGCUUCCCGCCGGCACACCAAAGAGAGACCCGGAGAGUGCGUCCUUGUGUGGGAAAGGCUGCUGCCCAACCCCUUCACCCCUCCAACCUUCCCGGCUCCUCCAACUGAAGGCCCUACGGAUACCUACAAACUGUCGUACCAUCACCUCCCCUCCUCGCCACUACUUUACUCUACCUCAACUUCAGCCUCGUCAUACAUUUUGACAUUUCCACCAACAGCAGCCAGACAGACGACAUCUCCUCGCCUUCUGUCACCGAAUGACUUUGCGCAUGCCGGUCCCCUGUGCAGUUUGCCGCUGAGCCACUGCCGGCUGCCGGUCGAUACCUCUUCACCUUAUCCAACGUCAACAACUCUUUCUGGCGCCACUAUCGCCAGACUCGAUUACCCCCUCGGCUGCCGCGCCGUGCGCCGAACCCUCCGCCACUUUUAGAUACCAUACACACGACACUGAGCCUCGAUCUCAGGCCCUUUCUUUUUCCCUUUCACUCAGUAACGACCCGAUACGAUAUCCAACCAUGCGUACUCCUAGAAUAGCCAUUCUCGUUCUCUUCUUCGCCGCUUCGCUCUUCCUCUUCUGCCGGUCCAUCACCUCACUGGCGCGCUCCUCCUCCUCCGCCGCCUCCUCCUCUCCCGUCAUUGCCGCCCCAGUCGCCGUACCGCGAUCACGAUUCACGAGUUUCUUCUCCUUUACAGCGCCCUUUUCCAUUUUCCAGCCGAAUGCCGCCAUCAGUCUGACCGAUGACAACAGCACUUCCUUUGUCGCUCGCCCUGCUGCAUUUGGCCCCAACCUGCCCAAUAAGGGCUUGAGCGGUCAGCUAUGGAUCGGCAGUGGUUUCGCCGACGAUAAUCUCCAGGAGGGCGAGGGCGAGGGUGAGUUGGGAUGCAGUGACAUCCCUGGUUGGGACGAUGGCAAGGCCAACGCCGUCCUCAAGACUGCCACCAAGGGCAUGUCCAAGUCUUCCAACAAGGCUGCUGCUGCUGCCGGCAAGCCUGGUCACCACAAGCGCGACAAGACCGACAAGGACGCCGUGCCCGACGCCGUGGGUGUCCCCGUCACCCGCCUCAGGUCCAAGAUUCGCCCAGCCGACGACGGCACCGACGAUUACCUCCACCAAGGCCUCGCCCGGAGGCCCCAGCCCAACCACGAUAGCGCCCCGUCCACCGAGUCGACCCACGCCGAUAUCCAAUCGAUACAAGAGGCUGCGGAGAUCGCCGGGAAGAUCGUGCUGCUUAGUCGCGGCGGCUGCGGUUUCUUGGAAAAGGUCAAAUGGGCGCAGCGACGUGGUGCCAUGGCCCUCAUUGUGGGCGAUAACACAAAGGGGGGUCCCUUGAUCCAGAUGUUUGCGAGGGGCGAUACCUCCAACGUCUCUAUUCCCUCUGUCUUCACCACCCGGACCACGGCGCACUUGCUGUCGUCGCUGACGCAACCCGGCAGCUUCAUCGAAGACACUCUCGACGAGCACGGCCGCCCAGCCCUCAAGGUGCUACAGUCCGACGCAGGGAGCCGGAAGAACAGGAAGAACAAACAAAAGGCUGCGGCGACGACGCCGACCCCGACCCCCAAGGCUACGGCAACGCCCAAGGCCAAGGCUGCCGCAAAGGGAAAGCCGGCCAAGGCCGAGCACAAGGCAGCCAAGCCCCGCACCAGCCUGUUCCGUUGGCUCUUUAGCUGGGGUCGCAGUUCACGAUCAGGCGACAGCAUCCAGCCCCCGAGCAGCGGUCGCCAUAACUGGGUGCUCGUUGACGACUGGAGCGAGGAGAAGGACAGGGUCAUCCGAGACGGUCUCGGCAAGGCUGCCAAGAGGGGCAAAGGCAAGGUCCCCGACGCUCGCAAGAGCGAAGACACGUUCCAAAUCGGUGUUCAGGACUGGCGGGAUCCCGACUUGGUGGAUGCCCCCAGUUCCAAAGACAAGACCGAGGGCGCAGCCAAGGAGCAGCAGGUUGGCAAGCCUGGCAGCACCGCGAAAAGUGGCAAGGACGUCACCGGCCCCAAGGGCGGAAGCAUCACUCCCGGAAGCGGCGAAUACAACCCCGAUUUGCCGCCCGUCGAGACCGAGGGAUCCACCUCCGGAAAGGAGACCGCAGCCCACGGCGGUAUCAUGUCCAAGAUCUUUGGAGAAGACGACGGCGCCGACUUCUCCAAGGAGGACAAGCCCAAGGAUCCCCCGCGGCCCGAGGAGCCCAUCCCCGACGAUGGUGACAACGACGACGGCAAUGAGCCUAUUGGGCACGAUGGUCUCUGGGUUACGAUCACGCCUUCAAGCAGCUCUAGUCCCUUCUUCGACACUCUGUUGGUGCUUGUGAUCAGCCCUCUGAUCACUCUGAGCGUCGUCUAUGCUUUGCUGAUCCUCCGCGCGCGCAUUCGUAGAAGACGCUGGAGGGCACCCAAGUCGGUCGUCGAGCGUUUGCCUGUUCGCACAUACCACACCGUCGCGGCGUCACCUGUUCCCUCGCCGAGAACCCCGUCACCGACGAGCCCAACACCCACUACGCCUCUGCUACAGCAGACGCCCUCCCGACCACGGCCUCGUUCUAGAACGACGACGGGCAUCCCCGAGUCGGAGAGCUUGCUAUCUGUCAACUCGGCACUGCAAAUGCCUAGGUCGCCACUGCGGACAGAGCACGAAAAGGCAAACGGCAGCUACUCGAGUGAGUGGAAGAAGUACAUGGGCAGACAGGUCGAAUGCGUGGUUUGUUUGGAGGAGUACGUUGACGGCGUCAGCCGCGUCAUGAGCUUGCCCUGUGGCCACGAAUUCCACGCCGAGUGCAUCACGCCUUGGUUGACGACACGCCGCCGCACAUGCCCCAUCUGCAAGGGUGAUGUUGUCCGCUCUCUUGCACGCGGCUCUCCCUCCAGCCCCCGCUAUGAACCGUAUCACGACGACUCUGACGAUGAGGUGGAGGCCGAGGCGUCCGGCUCGCGGGACAGAGACGAGGACGUGGAGCAGGGUGGCAUCCUUUCGCCCGCGCCAAGGGGUCGCCAGACCCGGCCCGACGGAUGGCUGGGGAUGUUGUCCGGUAGCUUUGGGGCAUCGUCCCGCGCCAGUCGAUCGUCGCAGGAUGAUCGUAACCGGUGAAGUCGGUUCAUUCAUCGACUGAGGAUGUCGCAUCACCUCUCAACGCUAGCAUUUUGUUUUCUUCUGAUUUUUACGUUUGGCACUUUUGGAGGUUGCUUUUUCUUUCAGGCAUGGAUUGGGAAGCACUAGUCCCACGGGAAACGGGACACAUGGCGUAAUUAGGGGUUUCUUAGGGGAGAGAAGGGCUUUCUCUUGGGCACAUUGGCAAAGGGUUUUGUUUUUUGGGGGCAGCAUGGCCGAGAGGUGAAGAAAGAAACCAAGACUCGAAAUGGCCCGGGAGAGAAAUGGGAGGGACCUCACUACACUCGUUUCGAUUGUUGUCCUGGACGUAAGGUUUUUUGCUUUUUUUGCGGAUGGUUGUGAUCCUUCAGGCCUGAAGGAUGUGAGUAGACGGGCGGGCGAAGUGAAGAGAGUGGCUGUGGCUGUGGUGCGGUGUGGUGCGAGGUGGCCGAUAUACCCGUCGUCUCGUCCCCAACUGGCGAUCGGGGGGCGGACGCGCUCUUGGAAUAAUGAAUUCCAUUGACUAUGACACUUUUAUCUGUGACAUGGUGACUGUGCGAUGAUGGGUGAGUUUAUCAGAUGUGUUACGUGCGAAGAAAUAAUGAAGUGAACUGAAGUAUUGGCAUUAUGAUUUGUAGUAUCUGGGCGUUUCCAAGAAAAGAUGGAACGUAUGUUUGGGGUAUCUUAUAUCCUAUGUACGCCUGGCCAUGUCCGCGGGUUGAAGCCUUGUUUCUGUUUCUGUGCGAGUUGUACCGAGGAGCUUGCCUCUUCGUAGUUGAACGAGCUCCCCCGCCACCGUUCCUAUUCCUGUCGGGUGAAGAGUGUAGGCAACAAUGUGGGUGACUUCUUCGAUUGAAGAAGGGUGGCAGUCGAUCGGUAGUAGAGAUCUUUAGGACGGUAUGUCAUAGUCGGGGUGAGAGCGUCGGUAUAGAUACGGCUUGUACCAACUUAAGCCAGAGUGAGAUUAUGCUCUCCCUCUAUCUACCGUCAUGGUGGGAGAGGUCGAGUGGGU